CAACAACAACAACAACAACAACAACAACAACAACAACAACAACAACAACAACAACAACAUAUGAAUUGCAAAAAUAAAUAAGUAAAAAGCACACUUUGAAUGCGGUUUAUUGAGAGCAUGGGAUGUGGAGGGGGAUCUUGUGGACGGUUCGACGUUAAAGUGGUAUGGACAUGUGGCCAUGGAAACGGAACGAAAUAGGAAGGAAGGUCUUGCUCAAGAGAGUUGUUUUUUUUGCUCCGCACACGGCUUCAGCAUUUCCCACCUCCCUACCUUCCUUCUUACCUAUUGUUUCAAAUCACAGUGCUUGCUUCGCCCAUUUGAGACAGGAUGAUAACAUCGAUGCAAUGGCGUUGCGUAUGGUCGUAUGGUAUACGAUACCGUUUGAGAAUAUAAGAAUAUUACGGGUUUUUAUUUUUUGAAAACAGCUGGCAAGUUGUCCCAACCUCUACCUUUUUCUUUUCUUUUCUUUUUUUUUUACUCCGCCACGCUCUCCACGGCCUUCUCAGCCAUCUUCAAAGCCUUGCUCUCCUUCUCGACCUCAACC